GGCUGCUACUGAUUGCCGAAUAACAGGGGCAUCUGUAAUCACAAUACUGCCAUGUUACGUUGGCGUUGACUUGUAAAUAUUUCAUUAGAAGUUUCAAGUUCGCACGUUGUUAGGUGAUAAAUUGUUAUUUGGACUACGUUCAAAGCAUCGUGUGAUAAUAUUCGAGAUUUCAUGUAAAAUGGAAUCCAGCAAGUCGGAAUCAACCCCAAAGCAAGCCAUGGUGUAUAUUUGCGGAGAAUGUCAUCACGAUAAUGAAAUACGUCCCAGAGAUCCGAUUCGGUGUAGGGAGUGUGGCUACAGGAUUAUGUACAAAAAACGUACCAAGAGACUUGUCGUAUUUGAUGCACGGUGAUUUUGAUGUAAUAUAUAAGUCUAUCAUAAACCUAAGGAUGUAAAUAAAGAUAAUGCUACAGCUUUGUGCACACUUUGAGUAGUAUAUAUUCAUAUAUUAUUCCUUAUGUAAGGUCACAGUUUUUAAUAAAAAAAUACACAACA